AUGCCUCCAAAGCGCUCUGCAACGGCAGCUGGUCUAAAUGACCAAUCACGCUCUGCACCUCCUCCACCUAUGCCCUCGACCCCGCCAGGCGGCCUGUCUACGAACCAUAACACCGUCAAGGUGCGUGCCCGUCAGCAAAUGCUGAAGGCAGACCCGGGAAAAUGGCAGCGCGAAAAGGCCCGGGAACGUGAUAGGGCAGCAAAAAGCUAUGCAGUUAGAAAGUUAAAGCGCACUGAUGGAUAUAAGAACUCGGAUCAGACACAGCAGCAAGCACUUAUUACACGUGCGGAAGCUGAUGUUAUGGCUGGCCGGAUUAGAGAUAAAGUCGAUUAUGAUUCAGUGGUUCAGGCGCAGAAAGAUCUACUGGCUGAGAAUUGGGACGAUAUCGAGGAUGAGGAUGAGGAGCUCACAAGGGCAGAUGAUUUGGCCAAUAACGAGGUCAUUCCUGUUCUUGCAAAUAGUAAAAUUCAGGACCAACUCCGGCUAAAGGCUAUGUUAUUUGGAUACGAUCUCUGGAAAAGCCACUGGAUUAGCACCUAUGCCAGUCUUCGUGAAAAAUUACACCGACUCUCUCGACGUGGCUAUUAUGAGAUUAAUGCGGCGUCUUACAAAGCAACUACUGCUCGGCACCAACCAUUUGUUCAACUUGCCCCCACAGAUUACUUUGAGCCAUCCGAGAUUGCAAUGUGGAGCAGUAUGCAGUCAUGGAACAGAAAAGAAUGGGUUGAAUUGCCUGGCCCUGCGCGUUGGUGGAAUGGAACUGAUGAUAUAGCUUGUGGGUUUGUUGGAUCCAAGGAUGCACAAAUCUGUGCAAAUGCUUUCCUACUUGCAUUUGUUCCAGAGCGGUUUAAAGUAACUGCGGCACAGCUGUUUUUUCACCCUUCUACUAUUGUUAAUAGCGAUAGUUUCUCGGUGGAUAUUUCUUCAGAACUCCUAGCAGUACUGGUUUAG